AUGCAUGGUAAAGCCAAGGACGUGUUUGAUUUUUUUGCGAGGAUGGAAAGAAGUGGCAUAUCCCCUAGUGAUGUAACAUACAUAGCCAUCUUGAGUGCUUGUAGCCAUGCAGGGUUAGUAGACAAGGGUAGAUCAUAUUUCAAUCAUAUGGUUAAUGUGGGGUUUGUGCCUCGGAUAGAGCACUAUGGAUGCAUGGUUGAUCUCUUGGGACGUGUUGGAUAUCUAGAAGAAGCCAAAGAACUUAUAUUGAACAUGCCAAUAAAAUCAGAUGAUGUCAUAUGGAAGGCAUUGCUUGGUGCUUGUAAGGUACAUAAGAAUGUUGAAAUUGGAAGGCGUGCAGCAGAGGUUUUAAUGCAACUGGCUCCACACGAUAGUGGGGCAUAUGUGGCUAUCUCGAACAUAUAUGCCUCAUCUGGUGAUUGGGAUGCAGUUGCAGAGGUGAGGUUGAUGAUGAAAGACUUGGACAUAAGGAAAGACCCUGGAUGCAGUUGGAUCGAGAUUGAUGGUGUUAUUCAUGAGUUUCUUGUUGAAGAUGUUUCCCAUCCUAGUGCCAAAGAAAUACACUCAAUGUUGGAGGAAAUUUCGAACAAAUUAAAUUUUGAAGGUUAUAGGCCAGAUACCACACAAGUUUUGCUUAAGAUGGACGAGACACAUAAAGAAAGUGUGCUGCAUUACCACAGUGAGAAGAUUGCAGUUGCCUUUGGCUUAAUUAGUACAACACCAAAGACCCCACUUCAGAUUGUGAAAAACUUGCGAAUUUGUGAAGAUUGUCAUUCCUCCAUGAAAUUAAUAUCAAAGAUUUACAAUCGCAAGAUAACUAUCAGGGACAGGAAGCGGUUUCACCAUUUUGAGCAUGGUUCAUGUUCUUGUAUGGACUACUGGUAGUUGGUCAUUCUAUGGUGACUGCAACUAUAGGUUUUCGAUUGUUCUAACUGUUACUAACCUCCUUUGAGUGUCUUUGAAAAGCAAAGCCUUUGUAUUGGUGAGUAUAGUUGCUAGAAUUUGUACAUCAAAAAAUCCUUUUUAUUGUCCAUAAAGUAGAUGCCUUUUGCACAUAACUUGCUCAGACUGAUGUAAUCUCAAAUAUAUAAACCUCCCAAGUACUAGAGUUACUUUUUGUUUUUCAAAAUUUAGUUGGCAUUUACUGUAUAAAAUUUUUCUUAAGUUACAUGUAAACAAAUGAUCAUUACGGUCAUGUGAAUGUGCCUUAAAAGUGACUUUGAGAGAACUUUUGUCAUAACUGAGCUGUUUUCAAGUACAUUCUUUUGCAGAGAUUAAUAAUUUUGGAGGAGAGGUUUUCCAAUCAGCAUCGAAGGUAAUUUCCUUAGAACCGCUUUUGAGAGGGGAACACACCUCAAGGUUCCCAUCCAAGCUGCAGCUCUACCAUUUUUGUCACACCGGUAGUCUGUAGCUCCAAUCACUGCUCAUGCAUAAUGUUCCUUCUUCAUAAAACACUGAAACAAACACCUUCCCUUGAUGAAAUGCCAAACCAUCUUACUCACUCCAUUACUUAAACUAUUCCAUCCAUAAGAUAAAUCCUAAUACCUUAGUAUUAUGGCUGCUUGCACAACCCUUAUCAUGGCUCACUUCAACCAAGUUCCAUUGGCUGCUGGAGAUUCCAUUGCCAUUUUCUCUUCAUUGAAUAUAAGAGCCGCUAUUUUGUGAGUCCCUCUUUAUCUUUCGUUCCUUUCUCCCCUCCCCUUUCUUUUG